UCGAGAUGAGAGUAGUUAGCUUGUCCAGUGUCCCUGGGACACACCUCCCCCGCACGUCGCGCUCGGCAGCCAGCGCACAGAGCAGAGAGCUCAAGCCUACCGGAGCCGUUUAAAGAUGGCAGAACGACAGCAGAAACACGAAGGCGGCCGAGUGAAGAUCGGACAUUAUCUUCUCGGAGACACUCUAGGCGUCGGCACCUUCGGCAAAGUAAAGAUUGGAGAGCACCAGUUGACAGGUCAUAAGGUGGCAGUGAAGAUCCUGAACAGACAGAAAAUCAGGAGUCUGGACGUGGUGGGCAAGAUCAAACGAGAAAUACAGAACCUCAAACUAUUCAGGCACCCUCAUAUCAUCAAACUGUACCAGGUGAUCAGUACUCCUACAGAUUUCUUCAUGGUGAUGGAGUAUGUCUCAGGAGGAGAGCUGUUUGACUACAUCUGCAAACACGGACGGGUAGAAGACAAAGAGGCUCGUCGGUUGUUCCAACAGAUCAUCUCAGGGGUAGACUACUGCCACAGACACAUGGUGGUGCACAGAGACCUCAAACCUGAGAAUGUUCUGCUGGACCAUUCCAAGAACGCCAAGAUAGCUGACUUUGGGUUGUCAAACAUGAUGUCAGAUGGGGAGUUCCUGAGGACCAGCUGCGGAUCUCCCAACUACGCUGCUCCUGAAGUAAUCUCUGGAAGGUUAUAUGCUGGCCCUGAAGUGGAUAUAUGGAGCUGUGGUGUGAUCCUGUAUGCGUUGCUGUGUGGGACUCUACCCUUUGAUGAUGAACAUGUUCCCACACUGUUUAAGAAGAUCAGAGGGGGCGUGUUCUAUAUGCCAGAAUACCUCACUCGCCCCGUCGCCUCCCUGCUGCUGCUCAUGCUGCAGGUCGACCCAUUGAAGAGAGCCACCAUUAAAGACAUUAGGGAACAUGAGUGGUUUAAGCAGGACCUGCCAGGCUACCUGUUUCCUGAGGACCUGUCCUAUGACUCCACGGUUCUGGACGAGGAGGCCGUCAGGGAGGUGUGCGACAAGUUUGAGAGCAUCGAGUCUGAGGUGAUGUCCAGCCUGUACAGCGGAGACCCCCAGGACCAGCUGGCGGUAGCAUACCAUCUGAUUAUAGAUAACCGUCGUAUCAUGACUCAGGCCAGUGAGUUCUACCUGGCCUCCAGCCCUCCCCAGGGCUCCUUCAUGGAGGAUGGCAUGCCCCUGCCUCCUGGGGUCAAACCACACCCAGAGAGGAUGCCCCCCCUGCUGAUAGACAGCCCUAAGGCACGCUGCCCGCUGGAUGCCCUCAACACCACCAGAGCCAAACCCCUGGCAGUGAAGAAAGCCAAGUGGCACCUGGGCAUCAGGAGUCAGAGCAGACCCUAUGACAUCAUGGCUGAGGUCUACAGGGCUAUGAGACAGCUACAGUAUGACUGGAAGGUUGUGAACUUGUACCAUCUGCGUGUUCGGAGUAAGAACCCAGUAACAGACAACCUGGUGAAGAUGAGUCUCCAGCUGUACCAGGUGGACAACAGAUCCUACCUGCUGGACUUCAAGAGCAUCGAUGAUGACAUCAUGGAGGCAGUAGGGUUUAAGUCAGGUUCUUCCACCCCUCAGAGGUCAGGCUCCACUGCAGGGCUCCAUAGACCCAGACUCAGUGUGGACUCAGCCUUACCUGCUGUGGAUCUCCCCCAGCUCAGCUCCUCCCUGCCUGUGUCGCUGUGCUCCAGCGCUGCCCUCAUCACCUCCACCCCGCGCCAGGGCAGCCACACCAUGGACUUCUUUGAGAUGUGUGCCAGUCUCAUCACCACACUGGCCCGCUAGAGAAGGUUAACUCCGCUGGAUAACGUGAAGUCAGGAAAACUCCAGGUUGUCCAGACAGAUUCUACAAGCCUCCGUCAUCUGAGUGAUUGCCAUGGCGAUGACAGACGUACCAUCUUGCAGUUCUUCCUGUGUUCACCAGCUGCUCAUAGAAGACAGAACAGACCCAGAUGUCAUCAAUGCCUUAUUGACUGAUCAACAGUUCUGCUCAGUGAUGACUAUUGGAGCUGUAAAGCAACUUUCUCACCUGUAGGUAGUUUGUAGUCUACUAAGUGUCACUGAUGAUGAUGUCUGCAUACAGGUCAGGAGGAGGAAGAACCACCAUAUCUGCUUCCUCUUUACACCUACAGAGAAACACAGAUGCCUGUGACACACCCACUCAGUGACAGCUCAAUAACAUUCACAACCCAAGACAAGAAAACCUGUCUGAUAAAUUACACAAUGUGGCAUUUAUUUCUAUCCAAUUUACAGGUACACAGUCUCUUGUCCUUAUGUCCAUAGGGCCUGGAAAUAAAACGAUGUUUUAAAGGUAUUUUCCCACUGUCAUCUGAGUGUGAGAUUCAAAGGUAGAAGGUUAAUUCCUUUCAUUGAACUCGUGAAUUCCAACAACAUUCUUUCAACGAUUAUGAGCUGGCUUCCUGGACCCAGCUUUCUUAUUGAGUCAAUUAGACCAUGCCAACUUCAAGCUCAUCUUUCUAAAACAGUAAAAGGUUAUUUCAGAAUAUUUAGGAAAGUUAGCUGACUAAACCCCUCGGGACUAUUAAAUGUAGUAUUUUAAAAUAAUCCUGCAGAAAAAGGAAAUGUGAAUUAUAAUUCAUGGAGAUUUUUGUAGGGGUUGAAUUUUAAAAUCAAGUCAAAUAAUGUCAAUGUGGAAGUUAAACUUGAGAAUCCUUUUUUUUGCAUUACAGGAAAGUUCUCCUGCAACAGGGUGAUCAAAUGAAGAUCCUACAUCUUUAUUAAAGAAAGGCAUGCACAAUGCAUCAUUUGUGUCUAGGUAACCAGCCCAAGGACAAUAUACCUAAUAUGUGGAAUGUGUAGGACACAGAAUCCAGCCAUAGCGCGUUACGGUUCUUCAGUUCUUAGAGGGAGACAGUAGGGAGAGAGAGAGCUGGUCGAGUAACUAGAGAAGAGCAGCUGCUGAAGAAAAUGUAGCCUAUUUCAGAAGAACAGAAUAGCAGACUCUGAGUUGUCCUUCUGUUAGGCCCUGAUCUGGCUAUUCCAUAUGGCUGUGGGCUUCACUGGUUAAUGUAGCAGACAAUAUUCGCUUAGCAUUCCAUGGCAUUAUUUUAUAGUAUGAAUAAUAGUUGAACAUAGUUGAAUAAGAUGAUUUGAGGGAGUGCACACAUGAAAGUAUUGUGUUGAGCAGUUAAGGAAAACAGGUCCUUCUAUAUGCUUCAUUGAGUUAUGUAACUUCAGUUGUGAAAGAAAUGUUGGGCUAUAUGUUUUGAUUUUUAAUACAUUCUACGGCUGCAUGAUGA